UUUUAAAAGUUUGUGUUGCUGCUCCGUUUUGACUGUUAAAAUAAAGCUCCUAUUUUACGUUUCAACAAAGGUGCCUUUGUCAUUGCUGGCAGUACGGAUAGAAAAAUGUCUUCAAAAAUUCCCAAAGGUAUGCAUUUACCUGCAGAAACAAAGAGAACAGCAAAUGCUGACCAAAGAUCAGAUGGUAUCCUUAAACCUCAAAAAGAAAACGUGCCCAGAAAAAAUGUUGCUUCUAAAGUAUACAAAGGGGUCUCAACGAGGCAGGGACAGCAGGCAGAGCUCAUGGAGCGAAAUCAGAAUUUGGUAGCUUCCAAGGAGGAGCUGCAGCAAAACCUCACAGACACACAGCAAAGAGUAGCUGAACUGGAGCUGCAGUGCAAUGACCUAGAAAAGGAAAAUGCAAAGGUACAGAAAAACCUGAAGGACUGUCUUGUUCUCCUAGUCGCUGAAAAAAUAGACCCAGUUUCAGGGGAAAGAGUUGGAGAAGCUCCACAACAAAAUGAAGAUCAGAGAAAGGAAGUAAUGAAUGUCUCUGCAGACCUGCUGAAUGAAUUAAAGGCCUUCGGUGACAUCGCAUCACAGCAGCGUUCUCGGCUAGAAGAAGUCCAGGCAACAAUGACAGACCUCAGUAAAGCACGGGAACUAAUGCUGCAGGAAAGAGAGAACUUCUCCCUGGAGGCUGCUGAAAUGGAAAAAGCUCUCAAUGAAGCAGAGGCUCUGUUGCUUUAAAAGUGUAUAAUAAUCUCUCAAUUUAUAAUCAGUUUAUGUACAUUUAU